AUGAGGAAGUCCUGGGAGGAGGCUUUGGAGCACUGCAGGGAGAAACACACUGACCUCCCCAGCCUGCUCUCUGAGACAGACCGUCUUCUGGCGCAGAAAGUCAUCCAGCGCGCGGACAUCACUGACCCGGUGUGGAUAGGCCUGCGCUAUCUGAAUGACCACUGGCUGUGGAUAAACAGUGACCCCCUGGAGUUUAAGGACUGGCCCAGUGGAGAAGAUCACAACCAUCAGUGUCCGAUGCAGAGACGCUGCGGCGCAUUAACCAAAAACAAAGUGUGGGAGAGUUGGGACUGCCAGGACAAACUAAACUUCAUCUGCAUCUGA